AUGGGUUGGACAGAGCGGCUACGGCCGACCAAAGAACCUGCCGUGACCACCGUGUACACGCAGAGCAGCGCCAAUGCAUCCUCGGUCGACCAGCCCAGCAUCAUAUACGACGGUGAGCUGACGUACGAGCGUGUCAAGGGCGGCAAUGGCUCUGGCGCGGCCUACCAGGAAGCAGCAGGCGCACCGGUCGAGAGCAGCUCGCCGCUGGGAUACAACGUCGGCUGGGCGACCAUCAUCUUUCUCAACAUUAACCAGAUGAUCGGAACUGGCAUCUUUUCUACCCCGGGAAGCAUUCUCAAGGCUACGGGCUCGGUCGGGCUCGCGCUUAUAUACUGGGCCAUCGGCGCGGCCAUGGCUGUCGCUGGCUUCGGCACGUAUCUCGAGCUCUCGAGCUACUUUCCCAACCGCAGCGGCUCCGAGGUCGUCUAUCUCGAGCAGGCAUACCCGCGACCCAAGUAUUUCUUGCCCAUUGCUUUCGCGGUGCAGUCUGUGAUUCUGUCAUUCAGCAGCAGCAACGCCGUCGUGCUGUCGCGCUACGUCUGGCGCAUCGCCGACAAGACGCCCACCGAUUGGGAGAUGAAGGGCGUCGCAAUCGCAGCCUACACGGCCGCCACCAUCUGCGUCGUCGUGCACAACCGCUAUUCCCUCUGGGCAGUCAACAUUCUCGGCGCGUUCAAGGUUGCCACGCUCGUCUUCAUCAGCAUCACCGGAUUCGUCGUCCUCGGCGGCAACGUGCCCCGUGUUCCCCAUCCCGGCAUCAACUUCAAGGACGCCUUCCAAGGUACCACCAAAAAUGGCAACGACCUGUCCACGGCCCUCGUCAGCAUUGCGUUUUCGUACAGCGGCUACCAGAAUGCGUUCAACGUUGUCAACGAGAUCAAGGACCCGGUGCGCACGAUUAAAAAGCACGGUCUUAUUUCCGUCGCGAUAGUCUCUGUCCUGUACAUGCUCUGCAACGUGGCAUACUUUUCCGCCGUGGACAAGGAUGCCUUUGGCCAGUCCAAGGAGAUUGCCGCCGCCGUCUUCUUCACGCAGGUGUUUGGAUCUGGCGCCGCGGAGACUGUUCUGAAUGUUUUGGUGCUUCUCAGCGCCUAUGGCAAUCUACUCGCAGUUCUGAUUGGCCAGUCGCGCAUGAUUCGUGAGAUUGGGCGACAGGGCGUGCUGCCGGGCACCAAUUUCUGGGUGUCGACAAAGCCGUUCGGAACGCCGAUUGGACCGUACGCGCUGAAAUGGGCAAUGACCUUUCUCAUGAUUGUGGCGCCGCCGGCUGGCGAUGCGUUUACAUUUGUUGUCGAUUUGCAGACCUACCCAAACAGCAUGUUUGUCUUUGCGAUGGCGAUUGGUGUCUUUAUUCUUCGACGCCGCCGCAAGAAGAGCAAUAUUCCCAAGUCGCAGUUUCAAGUAUGGGAUAUUCUGCUCAUUUUCUUCACGCUGAUCCAGGUAUUUAUCCUGGUGAUGCCGUGGUGGCCUCCGAAGGGCGGUCCGUACGCCGGCGAUGUGAGCUUCUGGUACGCCACGUAUUGUGUCGUCGGCAUCGGCAUCAUGGUUCUAUGCGGACUGUACUAUGUGGCAUGGAUGUAUGUCCUCCCCAAGUGGCUGGGGUACCGGAUCUGUGCCGAGAUUGUGACGACCGAAGACGAGAAGACAUCGACGCACAGGCUCGUGAAAGUGCCCCUGGCAGACGUCUCACAGUGGGAUGCGGACCACACCGAGUCUGGGGAACUGCGACUGCGAGGAUCGGGCACCGCGACUGACUCUGACAGUGUGGGAGAGCAAAAACGCAGUGCAGUCGACGAUUGA